AUGCGCCCGAAAACCCGUAAGGAUUUUGCGAUCGCCCUUCCUCUCGAGGCCGACGCCGUUGAAGCCCUUUUCGAUGAACAGUACGACCGGCUCGGAAAAUACUAUGGCAAACAGCCAGGUGGCGCGAAUGCAUAUAUAAAUGGAAGGAUUGGCAAGCAUGAUGUGGUCCUGUGCUACAUACCAGGAAUGGGCAAAGGAAAUGCAGCAGGUGUUGCAGCCAGCCUGAAAGUCAGCUACCCAGGCGUCGAGCUUGCUUUAGUUGUCGGUAUCUGUGGAGGCGCACCACCGCCACCAAAAUAUCAAGAGAUAUUUCUUGGCGAUGUGAUCAUCAGUAAUUUUGUGGUCAAAUAUGAUUUUGGCAGACAAUACCUCGGCGGUCGAAAGAUCUGUGCUCUUCUAAAUGGUCUCCGCGCUGAAAAUGCCCGCCGUGAACUCCAGGAUCAGACCCAACAAUAUCUUCGCAUUCUUCAGCAAAGAGGGGCGAAGUGGUAUCGUCCAAAUGCCGACGAUAUUCUUUUUAAUGCCUCUUACCCACACAAACAUUAUAGUCAUGCUUCUACUGGGUGCUCCUGUUUUGGAAGUGAUUCCCCUGAUAACAUUUGUGAGGCGGCAUUAAGGCAGAGCUGCAAUGAGCUUGAAUGCAACAAAGGUCAAGCAAUCCGAUAUCGAGAGCCCUCAGAAGCUGUCCAGACUUCUCUCUAUAUUGGAACCGUCGCUUCUGCCGACACGGUAAUGAAAUCCGGACAGCACCGUGAUGAAAUCGUCCGAAAGGAGAACGCCAUUGGCUUUGAAAUGGAAGGGGCGGGGGUGUGGGAUCAUGUUUCGUGUAUCAUUAUCAAGGGUGUGUGUGACUAUGCCGACAGUCACAAGAACAAGUUGUGGCAAGCAUAUGCAGCAGCAACUGGAGCCUCAGCGGCAAAGGCUUUCUUGGAUUACUGGCCUGUAGACCACGAAGAUGCGAGUAAAACUCGUCACUUGAUGACCCCCUUUGAGAGAAAUGACUGUUUCGUGGGCCGCCACGACGAAAUCCAGAAAUUAGAGGAUUUAAUAUCUGUGCCUGAUAGAGCAAAAAGGCUUGCUAUUACUGGACUGGGUGGAGUUGGGAAGACACAAGUAGCUCUGGAGUUAGCAUACCGGAUGCGAGACAGAGAGCCUGAAUGCUCAAUCUUUUGGAUCCCUUGCACCAGCUCCGAGGCUGUUGAGCAGGCGUGUAUGACUAUUGCGGAAAUGGUAGGACUCCAGGACGUGAAGCCAGCAGAGAUAAAAGAGCGUAUCAAGACCUACUUCAGCCAAAAUGACGAAAAGUGGCUUCUGAUCUUUGAUAAUGCAGAUGAUAUUGAUAUGUGGGUUAAUGGUAAUAAUGAUACUCUACCAUUAAAGAACUUCCUUCCUGUCAAUAACCACGGCCACGUCAUCUUUACGACCCGCAAUCGAGAGUUAGCGGUGGAUUUAGCAUCCCCUUAUGUGAUACAUGUUCGCGAACUCGACGAAAAGACCGGCAUGGAGUUUCUGGAAAAGUCUCUAGUUCGCACCGACCUGCUUCAUGAUUCUCGUACGACAAUUGCUCUGCUUGAGCAGCUGACGUUUCUUCCAUUAGCUAUCAGCCAGGCUACUGCAUAUAUCAACAAAAAAGAUAUAAUGUUGUCUGAUUACUUGAUACUUUUAGAAGAGCAGGAGGCAGACGUUGUGGAGCUCCUCAGCAAGGAUUUUGGUGAUAAUGGACGCUACAACGAUAUACAGAGUCCGAUAGCCAAGACGUGGCUAAUCUCAUUCAGUCAGGUUCAGAAGCUGGACCAACUCGCCGCUGAAUACCUAUCACUCAUGGCUUGUGUCAAUCCACGCAAUAUACCGCAGGCCUUUCUUCCACAGCCAGGAUCCAAACUGAAGAUGAGAGAUGCUCUUGGGCUUCUCAGCGCCUACUCUUUUAUUACCAUCCAACCUGGGAAUUCCUCUAUUUCCCUUCACCGCUUGGUACAUCUGGCAACUCGAAACUGGAUGAGGAAGGAGGAACAAUUUUCGGUCUAUAUAACCAAAGCAGCUGACCGAUUGAAUGAGAUUUUCCCUCAUAAUGACCAUACCAAUCGACAGCUUUGGAGGGAAUAUUUACCCCACACUCUAUCCUUGUUGAGUGAACGCGAGUUUCGCGAACAACAACAGCAGUAUAUUGACUAUAUCCAGAAGGUGGGGGCCUGCUUGUACAGCGACGGUAGGAAUAAUGAAGCGGAAAAAUUGUUGGCACAGGUCAUGAUGGACCGGAAACAGGUGCUAGGGCCUGAGCAUCCUGUCACUCUGGCCAGCAUGAACAACCUUUCAUUAACAUACCUGAAUCAAGGACGAUGGAAGGAAGCAGAAGCGCUGCAGGUCCAGGUUAUGGAGACCUGGAAACAGGCGCUAGGGCCUGAGCAUCCCUCCACUCUGACCAGCAUGAGCAACCUUUCAGUAACAUACCAGAAUCAAGGACGAUGGAAGGAAGCAGAAGAGCUUGGGGUGCAGGCGACGGAGACCCGGAAACAGGUGCUAGGGCCUGAGCAUCCUGACACUCUGACCAGCAUGUGCAAUCUUGCCUAUACUUGGAAAUCACUCGGAAAUAUCCAGGCCGCCUUUGCUCUAAUGGAAGAAUGCUUUGAGCUCCGGAUCAAAGCCCUGGGCCCUGAUCACCCAGAUACUACAUCCUCAUCCCACAUACUCAGCUCCUGGAAUGCAGCAGACUCCGGCAGUUGGCGCUUUGGACGAAUCUGGCUAAUCUCUGUAGUUGUUAUUCCACUCUUGGCAUUAGCUAUUACUGGGAUUCAGAGACUCUGCUGAGAUACUGUAGUGGGUAUCGUACUGCUAGUGGCUGCAAGAUACAGUAUUAUUCAUAAUGAUUAUCACGUACGUCGGGGGCAGGCACAUAGUAAAUCCUCGAGGAUCAAGCCGCUGAAAUUGGCAACAUCCCCUGUUUUGAAAGGAUUGUAUGUUGUUAG